UAAAGCUAUUAGUACUAUAUUGGUAUUAUUAUUGUCCACUUUGCCACUGUCACUCACCUUCUAUUCUCUUCUUUGUGCCAUGACUAUUUGUUCCUCACCUUCUUCUUCAUCAUCAUCUUCUUCUUCCAAUAACUCGAAAACAUGGAUUAUCCAUGGAAUUGUAGCUGGAGUUGCAAUUGUAGCCGCUGCCUCCGGUGCUCACGCAUACUUCCGUCGAUUCAACAAAUUCCGUAGCCGAGUCGUAGGCAUCAUACCUGCUCGAUUUGCUUCCUCUCGAUUCUCUGGAAAGCCUCUCGUUCAAAUUCUUGGCAAGCCUAUGAUCCAGAGGACAUGGGAAAGGGCAAAGCUGGCAGCUUCGUUGGAUCAUGUUGUUGUGGCAACUGAUGAUGAAAGGAUUGCUGACUGCUGUCGGACAUUUGGUGCAGAUGUCAUAAUGACAUCAGAGUCUUGCCGAAAUGGUACUGAGCGUUGCAAUGAAGCCCUAGAGAAGCUCGGGAAAAAAUAUGAUAUUGUUGUAAACAUUCAGGGUGAUGAGCCACUUGUUGAACCUGAAAUAAUAGAUGGUGUUGUCAAAGCUUUGCAGGCAGCGCCAGAUGCAGUUUUCAGCACCGCAGUUACGUCUUUAAAGCCAGAAGAUGCACUUGAUCCAAACAGAGUGAAAUGUGUGGUAGAUAAUCGUGGUUAUGCCAUCUAUUUUUCGCGAGGGUUAAUCCCAUUCAAUAAGUCAGGGAAAGUCAAUCAGCAGUUCCCAUAUUUGCUUCAUCUUGGGAUUCAGAGCUAUUUUACAAAGUUUCUAAAGAUAUACCCAGAUCUUCAACCUACUCCAUUGCAACUUGAGGAGGAUUUGGAGCAGCUUAAAGUCCUUGAGAAUGGCUAUAAGAUGAAGGUAAUAAAGGUUGACCAUGACGCCCAUGGUGUUGACACCCCUGAAGAUGUUGAAAAAAUAGAAUCUCUAAUGCGAGAGAGGAACUUAUCUUGAACGGGUAGUGAAACCAUCUGAAAAUUACCUAUUUAUUAGCACAAGAAGUCACCUAUAAGGAUGGCUUGUAUUUUCUUUUUCGUGUAAAAUCACUCUUGUUGCUUUUAUAGAUUACCAGCGUUAUAAUUUGAUUUAUAAUGUUACCUUUUAGGAUGGCCAUUAUUCAUUAGGACUAGAUUUUCAUGUACACAAACAAGUAUAUCCGAGAAUGAAAAUUUUAUUAUACAUAUUUAUAAGCA